GGCAGCAACAACACGGCCCUGGUCGUCGUCGCCUCUGCGGUAACGGAGCAGCUCGGGUGGCGGAGCUCGCGUUCGUUCCAGGCCUCUUUCCUCGGGAGGCCUUUCUUAAUCUCCGCUUGUUUUCGCGGCCGCCCACGGGGCGGGAGUGGGUGCGGAAAGCCGGGCGCUCCGCGCGAGAGGUUCCCCGCCGCGGGGCGGCCCGGGAGCUCGAGACGGCCCGGCCCGCGCGGGCAGCUGUGUGGCCGAGGAGGGCCAGCCUGGCUCGGACGCCGCGGGGCGGGGGCCGACGAGCGCUCCGGGCCGCGGGAGGAAGCGACGGGCGCGACGCGUCCCCGGGCGAGCAGCGGCGGGAGAGCGAAUUCUCUUCGCCGGCGCCCGAGCCCAGGUUAUCUUGAAAACCAGAUGUCUAACAAUUUUCCUUCCUACAUUAGUGUUGUUUUUCACUGCCUCCAAGAAGAUCAAAAUUGCUCCAGAAAUUGGAGACACACUUGAUUUAAAAGGAAAAACUUGAACAAAUGGACAGUAUGUCUAUUACAAAUACACCAACAAGUAAUGAUGCCUGCCUGAGCAUUGUACAUAGUUUGAUGUGCCAUAGACAAGGUGGAGAAAGUGAAACAUUUGCAAAAAGAGCAAUUGAAAGUUUGGUAAAGAAGCUAAAGGAGAAAAAAGAUGAAUUGGAUUCUUUAAUAACAGCUAUAACUACAAAUGGAGCUCAUCCUAGCAAAUGUGUUACCAUACAGAGAACAUUGGAUGGAAGGCUUCAAGUGGCUGGUCGGAAAGGAUUUCCUCAUGUGAUUUAUGCCCGACUGUGGAGGUGGCCUGAUCUUCACAAAAAUGAACUGAAGCAUGUUAAAUAUUGUCAGUAUGCAUUUGAUUUAAAAUGUGAUAGUGUUUGUGUGAAUCCAUAUCACUAUGAACGAGUUGUGUCACCUGGAAUUGAUCUCUCAGGAUUAACACUGCAAAGUAAUGCUCCACCAAGUAUGUUGGUGAAGGAUGAAUAUGUUCAUGACUUUGAGGGACAGCCAUCAUUAUCAACUGAAGGACAUUCAAUUCAAACCAUCCAACACCCACCAAGUAAUCGUGCAUCAACAGAGACCUACAGCACCCCAGCUCUGUUGGCCCCAUCUGAGUCUAAUGCUACGAGCACCACCAACUUUCCCAACAUUCCUGUGGCUUCUACAAGUCAGCCUGCCAGUAUUCUAGCAGGCAGCCAUAGUGAAGGACUGUUGCAAAUAGCUUCAGGGCCUCAGCCAGGACAGCAGCAGAAUGGAUUUACUGGUCAGCCAGCUACUUACCAUCAUAACAGCACUACCACCUGGACUGGAAGUAGGACUGCACCAUACACACCUAAUUUGCCUCACCACCAAAACGGCCAUCUUCAGCACCACCCGCCUAUGCCGCCCCAUCCCGGACAUUACUGGCCAGUUCACAAUGAGCUUGCAUUCCAGCCUCCCAUUUCCAAUCAUCCUGCUCCUGAGUAUUGGUGUUCCAUUGCUUACUUUGAAAUGGAUGUUCAGGUAGGAGAGACAUUUAAGGUUCCUUCUAGCUGCCCUAUUGUAACUGUUGAUGGAUACGUGGAUCCUUCUGGAGGAGAUCGCUUUUGCUUGGGGCAACUCUCCAAUGUCCACAGAACAGAAGCCAUUGAAAGAGCAAGGUUGCACAUAGGCAAAGGUGUGCAGUUGGAAUGUAAAGGUGAAGGUGAUGUUUGGGUCAGGUGCCUUAGUGACCAUGCAGUCUUUGUACAGAGUUACUACUUAGACAGAGAAGCUGGACGUGCACCUGGAGAUGCUGUUCAUAAGAUCUACCCAAGUGCGUAUAUAAAGGUCUUUGACUUGCGGCAGUGUCAUCGACAGAUGCAGCAGCAGGCAGCCACUGCACAAGCUGCAGCAGCUGCCCAAGCAGCAGCUGUGGCAGGAAACAUCCCUGGUCCUGGAUCAGUAGGUGGAAUAGCUCCAGCUAUUAGUCUGUCAGCGGCUGCCGGCAUUGGCGUAGAUGAUCUUCGUCGCUUAUGCAUACUCAGGAUGAGCUUUGUGAAAGGCUGGGGACCUGAUUACCCAAGACAGAGUAUCAAAGAAACACCUUGCUGGAUUGAGAUUCACUUACACCGGGCCCUCCAGCUUCUAGAUGAAGUACUUCACACCAUGCCUAUUGCAGAUCCACAACCUUUAGACUGAGGCCUCUCUCUGUGGGGGCCCCUUACCAUUGUCAGGAUGGUGGACUAUAAAAUACAGUCCUGUUUAUAAUUGGAAGACCUGUUUCAUUUUUGUUCUGCUUUAUCUUUUCAUAAAGGGUUGAGAAAUGUGUUUGCUGCCUUGCUCCUAGCAGACAGAAACUGGAUUAAAAUCAUUUUUUUUUUUUUUUUUCUAUUUAGAACUUUUCAGGCAUGGCUCAGAGCUUGAAGAUCAGGAAGAACACAUUCUUAUUAAAUCUUCACCAGUUAUGUAUGAAGGAGUCAUUCCAGUGCUGGGAAAUUUAACCCUUUAAAAUGUCUUAGAGCCUUUUUUAUGCAGAACAUCAGUGUGUAUGUUAUUCUACAGAAUAAAUUCAAUAUUGCUGAUUUUAAAAGCAGAGAAGUUCUCGAAGUUAAUUCACCUAUUUUAUUCUGUGUGCAAAUUGUUAUUGUCAAAUAUACUUUAUUCCAAGAUAUUGUGCCAUGUGGGUGAGUUAAUAUUAUUAAGAGCAACUUUACUCUGUGUUUAAAAAAAUAUAGUAAUGUAUUAUAACCUUUUAUCCAAAAUAUUUUUUGCAAGUUAAACUAGUGAAGAUGAUUUCAAUUCACAUUGUGUUGCAACCUCAGUUUUAAUUUUGCCAAGGCAAAACACUAAUCUGUGUGUAUAUUGAAAAUUCCUUAAAAUUACCAGACAAAUAUCAUUUAAAACUACAUUUGUUAUACCUAUCAAAUGAAUAUUUAUCAGUAAGUAUACUUCUGCCCUGUUAAACAGUAGAUGUUUUCUUCUGUAUUUCUGGGCACAUCGUUGGUUACUAAGAAACCUAGAAGAGGAAUUUCUUUUCCUUCAUUAAUUCAUAGGGAAAGGUUUUGUAUUUUUAAAAAACACUAAAAGCAGUGUCACUCUACCUAAUGUCUCAUUGUUCUGCAAAGGUGGCAAUGCUUAAAUAAUAAGUAUUUUGGAAACUGCUAAAUUCUAUGUUAAAUACUGUGCAGAAUAAUGGAAACAUUGCAGUUCAUAAUAGGUAGUUUGGAUAUUUUUGUACUUGAUUUGAUGUGUGACUUUUUUUUCAUAUACUGUUUAAAUCAUGUAUGUUAUGCCAUGUUUAAAAUUCAGUUUUUGUAUCUUGGGGCAAGACUGCAAACUUUUUUAUACCUUUUGGUUAUUCUAAGCCCUUUGCCAUCAAUGAUCAUAUCAAUCUGCGGUGACUUUGUAUAGAAAUUUUAAGUAGAAAAGUUGCAGAUGUAUUGACUGUACCACAGACACAAUAUGUAUGCUUUUUACCUAGUUAGUAGCAUAAAUAAAACUGAAUCUCAACAUACACAGUUGAAUUCUAGGUUUGAUUUUUAAAAAUUUUUCUUUUGCACUUUUGAGUCCAAUUUCAGUGGCAAGACACCUUCUACUAAAUGACAGGCAGUAGCCAGUUGUAUUGGGCAGCUUUGGUUUUCCCCUCAUAUUCUACCAGGACUUUUUCGUGGACAUGCGUAUCACUUACAGAGUUGCUUAAUUUUUUAAAUUUUUCUUCUAACGUAGCAAAAAUAAGCCUGAUUGUUUAUAAGACAAAUAGAUUCUUUGCAGGCUAGAUGAAUGAAAUGAAAUAAGGCAUUUCAGAUGUUCUUACUUUUUACUUGAGGGCUUUCUAAAGCUUCCUAAGAUCCUUUGAGAUGUGUUACGUAUUUGAACUCUAGAACACUUUCACAUACUGGUCCUCAAACCAAUUGAAAUAAGUCUAUGACCUUGCUUAGACGGUCUUAAGAAGAUGUCCUAGAAACCACUGAGUGCUUACUGCUGUGAUUUACAGACCUCAAUCCAAGUUACACAUCUUGUUUUUUUAAAAAAUAGCCUCUCUACCAACUUCUUUCUGUUGUUAAGUAUUCACAAAUACUUAGAAGGAAGUCCAAUUUUUAUCUAAGUACGUUUGGUGGUUUUUAAAGUUUUACAGGCAGAAUUUCGAAAAGAUACCUUCUCUAGAAAUUUUGUCUUUAGGUUUACUUGACUCUGCAGGAGGAGUAGGAGAGGAGGGAAUUUUAAAAUAAGAGUUUUUAACCCGAAUUACUUGAUUAGAACCUUAGCUGUGCAAUGGUGUGAUCCGUUGCCUCUUUUUCUACUUUAGAGAAGAUUUUUCAGGUUUAGUCAUCUUGUUGAAAAUAUUUGCUAAUAAGUAUGUCAGGAGCCAAGCCACCUCUCUUGGCUUUUUUGUAUUAAGAGCCAUAAAAUAUGAAAGUACUUUUAGUUAUGAAUUGCUUAUAUUUUUACCUAGAUUGUCACAUGAUUUUGAGAAAGCAUCUAGUAUGUUAUCAAUUAUUCCUAACAGCUUAGUUGUUAAACUAUAUUUCCAUUUUUUAAAGGUGGUCAUCUUUGAUGAAUAAGAAUAAGAAUCUUACUAGUUUAAAAUAUUAUGUCCAUUUUAGGAAAAAAAUAGCUUUGGUAGUUUGUAGAAUCUGAUUAUUAUGUGGGUAUAGUUUAGAGUGGUUUUCUUCCAAUAAUUCAUAUCUCAAAGACUCAGAAUGUUGAAUUGCAGUAAAAGCUGAAUGAAAGAUGAAGCAGGUACUUUCAGUGUGAGACCCAUUGCGAUUUUGUCUUGUGCCUUUCUUUGCAUUAUCAAAGGGAGUCCUCAAUGGUAUUGCCUUCAUUUGUCAGGGAAGAAAUUCUUUUGCAAGAUCUAUUUUGUUUUCCACAAUUUAGUACCACUAGUAUACAGUGGUAAUGAUAAUAAAUCACUGCCAUGUCAUCUUGCUUUUCCAGAAACAUGGCUUGUUUCUAUUCCCUUUACCAUUAAAUAUGUCACCCAUUCCUUCCACAAACAUUACAGGUUUGCAGAUUGGAUGGUUUGGCUAAAGGACCAGUUACUGUAACAUCCAAGUAAUGGCACACUCUUAGCUAUGUUGUAUUAAGAGUGAAAAAUUGAUUUUUAUGGAAAACUCUGUGGUUUGUAAGAGAAGUUUUGAGGGCUAAGUAAAAUAUUUUGUCUUCCAGAUAGUAAAUACCUUGUUUCAACUUUUUUUGGUUAAUUGUAGGAAGGUGUGUUACAACUAUCUUUUUGACUGGCUGUUUGGAAAAAGAAAUUUUGUAUUUUCCCAUAAUGCUCCUGAAGUAUCUAGAAGGGAAAUACUUGUGCCCCAGGUCUCUUGAUAACUGGUUAAUAGUCAAAUAGUCACUAGCUGUUUUAUGAAAAAUCAGAUUAAUUCCAACGCUUUUUGAAAACAUUUUAGAAGGGGCACUUUUAUUCUGAGUAAGGAAGAGCUGUUUGAUAGUUGCUGUCUUUGUUAUCGUUUUAUUAAUUUAUUGAUAGCAGAUUAGUAAACUUGUGAAUUAAGGUUACAGAGGCAAAUAAGUAUAUGAGAGCAAUUACCUGUAAAGUUAAUUAACAACUCUUGUCCGUGGGGCAGGUAACACUUGGUUUAAAGAAAUACUUUUUCCCCCCUAAAGGCAGAACCCAUCUUGUUGCUGCUAGUAAUCUAUAAACAAUCCCUUAAAUCCUUCUUGGCAAGAUAGAGAAUAGGUAUGAGAACCUUGUGCAAGUCUUUCUAUUUUCUUCCUUUUGAUAACUAGGUUAUUUUUUCUGUUUUACCAAGAAGAGGGUAAGAAGCUAGUGGCUUUAUCCAUAGCAGCAUUCUUGGCCCAUCCUUCUCCCCAGUGCUCCAAGGUGGUUUAUCUGGUAUCACUGUGGAAUGAAAUUUUCUACAGACUUGCCUUACUAAGCAGAAAAACAUUAGUUUGUUUUUUUAAGCCUUUUUUAAUGGAAUUAUAUGUAUCCAGAAAAUAUACUGGAUAAAACAUUUCUUUUUGCUUUAUUGUCUCUGUGGACUUAAGUGGCUUUAAGAAAAACUAUUUUGCCAUUACUAAAUGGUUCCAGACUAUUAAAGUUCUGAAUUUUUAGUGUUUUUAACCUUCCUUUCAUGUUCUGGUUUUUAUUUCCAACAACUACCACUUCCUAUGUGCUUAUUAGUGUGCCUCCCUUUAGUAUUUUGUUCUUCCCUUUCUGAUUCAUUAUUUCUAACUGCUUGAGCAAAGAAACCGAGACAACUGAAAAUAGAACAUUCAGUACCCAUGAUGCUUUCCUGUCAAGUGUAGAGAAGGACUUCACUGCACAAGCAUUUGAUACUGGUUUAAUUGCUUUAAAUGCUGAUUCUUAUGAGUUUUAGGUGAUUUUAUGGAGAGAAAUGAGUCAUGAUCAUUUUCACCUUUAGAGUUAUGUUUUAGAAGGUUUCAUUGCUUCCACUUAACUGGUGCUCAUAGAAAAACUGGGGUUACAGGGUUGCUAAAUUAGCAUCAACAGCCAGAGGCAGUACUCGAGGACACUAGCAAACAAUACACACCUACAAAUCUUGGAAAAUAAGAGGGCCAUUUUUGUUUUGUUCCAUUUUGAUUUUUUUCACUGUCCUCUCUUCUGGCCUUCUCUCUAUAUACUUUUGACCUAUAGGUGCCUUUGUGAAAAUUGAGGGUCUGAUAUCCUGCCCCAAGGAGUUGAUAAAGUAAUGGCUGAUACUUUCAGGGAUUUAACAUCAGACUUGAAUGAAUGAAGCUUCUUUUUCUUUUUUUAAUGUAGGAGAAACUGAAGAGAAAACUUCAGUGAAGACAAUCAUUUCUCUCUGUUGAGGUGGAUAUUUUUCACAGUUUAUUUAGAAUGCUUUCUUAGUAUGUCUAGAGCUAAUGUUCUUAAAUGGCUCUGUGUUAGGCUGGACAGUGGCACACUAGUUUGCUUUGCCAGUAAUCUGAUGUGUGACCUUGAGCAAGUCAUUUGCCCUCUGUGGGCAUCAGUUGCCUCAUCAGUAAAAUGAGAGUUGGACUAGAUUAUUUGUUCCAGCUCUGAAUUCUAAGUGACCUUGCCUGCCUUGCAGCAGUUUUCGUAUUCUUCCUUACCUUUGCUCCACUGUUUAAAGGGGCUUUUUACUUAUUUCCAUGUUAUUCAAAUGAGACGGCUUGAUAUUUUAUUAUUGUUCUGUGGACAAGAAGUUACAUAAUAUGUCCUUAAGACUUAACCAAAGGCUUAGCACCACCUUAGGGGAUACAAUAAGUACUUCACAAA